AAAGACACUAGAAGCAGUGUUUUCAACUCUUUACUUCAAGACAGCAAAUUCAAAAUAAAUCAAAAAUGGUGCCAGUUUCGGAUAAAUCAAAAAUCGUAAGAGGAUUACCAUUAGAUAAUCCUAUAUCUGAAGAGUCUCUGGGAGUUCAAUUUUAUCAACGCCUGUUGAAAAGAAACGACUCACCAGCCAUGAUCAAUGUAGUUACAAAUGAAUCACUAUCAUUCAGAGACAUGUUUGUCAUGACUUGUAAAUUUGCGGAAUGGUUGCGAAGACAAGGUUUAGUAGAAAACGAUGUUAUCUUGAUGUGUUGCGGAAAUGUUUUAGAAUAUUUUAUUCCGGUGAUUGCCGCAAUGUAUUCUUGCAUUGUGGUUGCAAAUGGAAAUCCAAUUUAUACAGAAAGGGAAAUUCAACAUGCAAUUGAUUUAGCAAAGCCUAAACUUAUCAUUUGUGUGAAAGCAAAUUAUGACAAAUUUGUAAACAUCAAAAAUAAUAUCAAAGUGAUUGUUAUUGAAGAUAUCUACAAACUUAUUGAGACGAUUAACAUUGAUCCGUUGACGUUUGUUCCAAAAAGUUGCAAUGUUUAUGAUCAAACCGCGGUGAUUUUGUUUUCUUCUGGAACUUCCGGUUUGUUUAAAGCCGUUAUGUUGACGCAUCGAAAUUAUAAUGCAUUGUUUAAUCAAUCAGAAAAUCCACGUUUAUCUGCAACUACAGGCAGUUCAGUAAUUCUCUUCCUGCCAUUUUUCCAUGUUUAUGGAUUCGCACAAGUGAUGGCUAAUCAUUUUCUAGGAAACUGUCUACAUUUCAUGCAUAAAUUCGAAGUUGCUUCAUUAUUAGCAGCUAUUGAAAAGCAUAAGAUAUCCACGCUGCCAGUGGUGCCACCUGUAGUCAUAAUACUGUCUAAAACACCAUUAGCCUCAAAAUAUAACCUCACUUCAGUGCACACUAUCAUCUGCGGAGCUGCACCAUUGAGCGCUGAAACUGAAGCUGCGAUAUUAAAAGUAUUCAAAACGCAAAUAUCCGUCAAGGUUACGGUCUCACUGAAACAACAUUCGCUGCAACUUUGUUUUACGUUAAAGAUCUAGGCAAAAAACAUGGAUCAU